AUGCCUCCAUCAACAAGCGUUGCAAACCAUUCAAUCAUUUCAUCCGACAUACCCACCACUCUUGAAUUCCCAAUCAUCUACUUGCUUUCCACUCACUUAGACCCGGACAGUCUGUCAGAAUGGGAGAGUAAAAUCCCCACACUAACCUACGAUAUCAAUGAGGCUAGCAUUGUGCUGGGUAAGAUAUCAAACCCAGAAAGAGCCAGGUUCGAGUUGAGACGUCGAAAGAUCAUCACUGAAGACAUUGAUACACUCUCCGUUUCUGUGCCCAACCUAGACACCCAGUCUCAACAUCCAUCUCCUCCACUUAAGCGUAAAAGAUCAAAUAAUUUACACAAUCCUGCGCCCACGAGUACUUCGGGUGGCGAUAAAGGUCUAUAUGGCGGAACUGAUGCUCAAACUAUCAACCACAGUGGUCAGAAAUUAGACUCUGCCGCGGAGCAUGGUGACAGUGAUAAGUCUGUUGUCAAUGUCCUCAAAUUAGCAUGGUUCGGCGACAGUUUGGCUCACCGUUCUGUCCUGCCCAUUGACAAGUACCUGUUAUAUCGAGGGCGCAAGACAGAGCAAAUCAUUCAACGUGCCCGGCAAGAAGGAAAGGAUGGCCACGAUCAAAAUAGUAUUCCAAAAAGGAACGCUCCUCGUGCUCACGAAUCCAUGUCCCAACAUUCUAGGAUCUCGACCCACACCAAGCGGCCUACGCUAACUCAAGAGUCAACAUCAGAGCAUGACCUUCGUUCGCACAUGCCGCCCAUCCCCGAAUAUUUGCAUACAACAUACUCUUGUCAACGUCCAACCCCUUGUAGCCCACCCAAUGACCUCUUUAUCGAGGAGUUGAAGAAAAUCAGGGCACUGAGGACUCUUGAAGGCGAUGCUAUCGGAGUCAGGGCCUAUUCCACAAGUAUCGCCUCCUUGGCAGCUUACCCCUUUCUCAUUUUACACCCAGCUGAGAUUGCUAGAUUGCCCGGCUGCAGCGAUAAGAUUGCCGCCCUCUAUCGGCAAUGGAAAGCGAACAGCUACCUGGAAGAGGUCAAGGCUGCCGAAGCUGACCCCAAGAUUUCUGUGUUGCAGCUAUUCUGUAGCAUAUGGGGGGUAGCGGAGACGACCGCUGGCGAGUUCUACAACAAAGGAUGGCGGGACCUCGACGAUGUCGUCGAAGGUGGAUGGACUAGUCUAAGUCCAGUCCAGCAAAUCGGCCUCAAGUAUUACGACGAGCUGCAAGAGAAGAUUGCUCGUCGCGAGGUGGAGGAAAUUAGCCAAACCAUCCUAAGUCACGCCCAGAGAAUUUGCCCGGGCUUCCAGAUGGUGAUCGUCGGAAGCUAUAGGAGGGGAAAGAUAGAGAGCGGUGACGUGGACGUUGUUCUCAGCCAUCCCGACCCGACUGCCACUUUGAACUUUGUCGAAAGCAUUGUCGAGAGCCUCGAAAAGGCAAACCACAUCACUCACACGCUUAUACUCAGCACUAAGAAUAGUGAGCGUGGGCAAACUCCGGUGGCCUGGAAAGGGCAGGAUCGCAAGGCAGGCAGCGGCUUUGACACCCUAGACAAAGCCCUGGUCGUGUGGCAGAAUCCGCACUGGGACAAGACGGCAUCGCCGAAGAACCCCAACCCCCAUCGCCGGGUCGAUAUCAUUGUCAGCCCCUGGAAGACAGCCGGAUGCGCGGUGAUCGGAUGGACCGGUGGCACCACGUUUGAACGAGACCUGAGGAGGUACUGCAAGCGUGAAAAGGGGUGGAAGUUCGAUAGCAGCGGGGUCCGAAGCCGAAUAGACGGCAGCUGGGUGGAUAUCGAAAGCGAUGACCACGGCCCGGCCCCGGAUAUGCUGACAGCGGAGAAGAGGGCCUUUGCACGUUUGGGUCUCGAAUGGCGUCCGCCGGAAGAGAGGUGCACGGGGUAA